GGCUCGAGUCGGAAAUCGAAACUGCAUACUAUUUGCGCUGCUGUGUUUCGUGUUUCUGUAACAUUAUCUGUGCAGAGACGGCGGAAUUCCGCUUCCCACAACACGCGGUGCACAUCUCUACCAGUUGUAGUAGGCUAACCACCAGGGCUUCCCAGUGUGUAGCCGCAGCGAAAAGGACGAAGGAGUUCUCAUGUGUCGGAGUUAGAAUUACCUCACAUCACCUGAUAACAACAACAUGGCGGGUAUCUUGGACGCCGUGAACGCUGUAUUGGCGUCAGGGGAACACAAGCACAUUCUUUCUGUGAUAAAAGGUUUUCGAAAUGGAGCGGUGUACGGAGCCAAAAUCCGUUUUCCUCAUGCGCUUGUGAUGACAUUUCUGUUCAGGAGUGGCCCUUUAAAAGACAAGAUACGAGCUAUCCUGGAAGCCACCUACACACACUCUAGGAACUUGGCCAUAUUUGUGUUUGCCUACAAAGGGUUGACAUCCACCUUAUCAUGGGGCGAAUCCAAGUCCCACCAGCUUCAUGCCUUCCUCUCUGCCUUCUGCGCUGGAUUUGUCAUCUUUGGAAAGUACAACAAAGUCAAUGAGCAAAUGAACUUGUAUUUGCUGUCGCGGGUGGUCUAUGGUGUGGCUAAGCUCCUGGUCUCUAAGGGCAUUGUUCCACAGCCUAAGGCCGACUUGUUCCCGUGGUUUGCUGCCAUCUUGUGGGGAGCCACCCUCUGGCUCUUUGAGUAUGAGAAGUCGUGCCUUCAGCCGUCGCUGGUCUCGUCCAUGACCUACAUUUACAAGGACAGCGACAAGUGGACAAGUCUACGAGAUUUCCUCAUUUAUAACAAGUGAACAUUGAAGAUAUUUCUGUAGGUGAUAAUCAUAAUGUAAUUUAUUAUUCCUUCAUAACAUUUUGUUCUUUUCUGAAUUUACUCUCCAAAGUAUGCUUUUGGUAUUUUGAAAGAAACUAGGGGAUGAUUAGAAAAUAAGCAACAGGGUGACAAUUGUUGUGUUAUACACUGAUCUGUCGUUAUGGUCUUUUAGUAUUGUGGGUUAAUCUCUGAGAGAUAUUAUUCACAUUGAAAAGGAAUCUAGGGUUGAUGGAUAUAUAAGCACCAAAUGCUUUCUUAUGGUGAUUAGUGUUCUGUUAUUUAUUGAUUUAUUUUGAUGUUCUGUUAGAGCUGGCGGCUGCAGGAUGAAAAGCACUUUUUAAAUUUGGAAAAGUUCUAGAGUAUUGAAGGGCUAAGAAAGCUUUCAGUUCCUUCCUGCUUUGUAGUUUGUCUGCAAGUUGCACAUUUUUGUACACUUCUUCCAUCUCAAGUGCUGAAAUGAGCUAAAGUCAACUGCUUUGAACACUCUUCACUGGUCCAUGUACCACAAAGUGAGAUGAGAUCACUGAAGGUUGUAGUCUGAUUCUCUUCUCAUUUCAGUUACAUAUAUGUAUGAAAGUGCAACUAUUAUAGUUGUCUUAUUUUCCAACUUGUUUUCCAGCUAUGCAAAGGCACUUGUCAAUAAAGCUCCAAAUUGAAUGAGUUCUGGUGUGUUAGAAUGCAAAAGAGUCUUUGAAAUGAUUUUCUAUAUAUAUAAUAUUUUGUUCCUAUCGUUUACUUUUUCCAAAAGUUAACUUAUUGUAAUUGGAUAUUGAUGGUGAUGUAGUAACUACUUGAGACAGCUAAAAAUGCUUGUGAAUUUAUUUGUUUUACAGUUCAUGAUACUUGGUGAACCAUUUCAACAUUUACAGUUUGUUCCAAUAGGCUUGCUGAGAGUAGAAAAUGCACAAGAUCAGAAUUGAAUUUUUUUCUGACAACUGAUAUGGGCUUUUUGCUGUAUUGAUUGAAAGGGUAAAGGGGCGUUCUUUUUGGUAAAAAUCUUUUUCAUUUUAAUUUGAUUUUUGUCUCUACAAAUGUCUGAUGCCUCUCUCCAAUUUCUUUUUUCAUAAUUAGUCCCUUUGGAAAAGUCACCAUACACUUCUUUCCUGUUCCACAUGUGUGGUUCCACGUGUCCAAUGCUGUAUUCUCCAUGACGCUGUUGCUCUCGAAUCUCGAGUAUAUGGCACAAAAACUUUCUGCUGACUGAUACUCCAAUGUUAUUUUUCCUGAAUGACAUUUUUCUAAGCGACAGAAAAUCUGAGAUGACUGCUAUCAGUCUCUGUACGUCAUUUAAAUUUGCUGCUGGGGAAGCUGUCUCUCCUAUAUUAUUCGUACAAGGAGACCAAGUCAAUUGUAGCUUUGAUUUUCACUGGGACAGAAGUUUUACUAUGUCUUUGAUCACUGCAUCGGUUUUUGGAAGGAAGGAAGUAAGUACAUUUGUAUUACGAUGGGGAACAUGAUUUUUCAUAAUGGAUCACAGUUGUUUUUGAAGACCUCAUGUUGACGGACAUUGUUGUAACUCGCAAUUUGAACUGGUGUUAUGGCAUUUGUAGCGAUAGUGACAACACUGCUUGAGGAAGGAAAAUAACUGGAUAAGGAAUUGGAGAGUUUUCUGUGUAGUUCUGCUGAUGUUAUGGGAAUUGUACUACAAACAACAUAAUAUGAGUUGCCUUUUUUUGAGGAACUACUCUCAAAGUUUUGAAGGUGAAAUUUCUCUUCAAUGCGUUUUUAAUAGUGUCUGGUACUCUUCAUAUAAUCUGUUUCCAUGCUACUUUCUCCUGAGAUGAGUGCAAUAGUUGGUACUGUGAUUCAUUUCUGUGGGUGUGUGCAUUGAAAUGUGUACCUCUGGACUUAUGCCUUUGGGGAUAAAGAUAUACUUCAAGUCUUCCUUUCUGAAGUAAGUUCUAAUCAUCUUUUGCGCUUGACAUUAUGGCUACUCCCAAGUUAGCUCUACAGAGAAUCUAGAUCCCGGAUGUGCGUAUAAGGUCAAGUAAGCUGGGAACGGAAACUUCAAGUAAACCUUUACCCCUUUGGUCAAAUGGGUUUUUUAAAAUGUGGAAGUUAAUACUUCUGGGUUUAGUGUUAGUAUCCUUUAUCAUUUCAGAGAAAGUGCCAUUGGCAUACGUAUUAUUUACAUGUGGGCAUCUGGUCUGUGGUUGCUGAAACUAAGGGCUUCAAGUGCAGACAGGAAGUUCAUUCUUGUUUGUAUACAUUAGGGCUGCAUGAGCAAUAUUAGUGAUGUACAGGUACAGUGCACUCUGAGAAAGGUUAGCAAGUUUGUGUCUGAGGAUUUUUUAUAAUAGCGUAUAUCACUGUAUGUUAGUGAAUGUAUAUUUUACCUGAGUGUUGAAUGUAUAUAUAUAUAUAUAUAUAUGAGUAUGUGUGUGUGUGUAUGUGUGUGUGUUAUGACAUUUAUGUAAAGCCUUAUGAUAUGUGUACCGGAACUUUAUGUCUACUUUAGUGAGUGAAAGUGAGGGAGAGAGGAAGACAUAAAAAAUAGACAAGGGGGAGGGGGGUGUGUUGCUUCGUGUUUCCCCUGAAGCUAACACUGCCAUUUUAAGUGAGUUAGAAGGAGAUUGCUCGAACCAUUAUUUUUUUUAAAUGAAGGUGAUAUAUAAUUAUGUACCAUUGUUAGACUAUCAGAUGAUCACAUACCUUUUCUGUGCUUCCCAUCACUAUCAUGUUGUGUUUUCCUGCUUAUAAAUACUACUGCCCUAUUUCUAAAAUUUUGACGAACAUUUGCGAUUUCAGAAAUAUUCUGUGGACAAAAACGUAUCUCAGUACUCGAAGAAACAACUUUCAUACUGAUGUUGCUGCAUUCAUGUCUGUAAUAUUUCUCAUGUAAUGCAAUAUGUGAGGCAUCGUUGUGAAAUCUGGCGCUCGUCAAAAUAACGAAAUCGAAGAAACAGGCAUUUUUCAGCCAGUUUGGCAAUAUUUAUUGAAUUUUUGUUUUUCGGCUUAACUCCUUUCAUGUCCAUAUAAAAACUCAUUUCCUUGUUAAUUUAACUUGACUGAAAAACGUCGAUUAAAGGCACAAAAUAUGAAAUAUCAUCGUUUUCACGGAUUCUCAAGCUGUUGAAAUUAUCAAACUUUGGCGGCCGUUAUCUUGCUAAUCUUACCACUGAAAUCAGGUGACCUCAUCUCCUUCAAUUGCAAAUAUCUGGACGUCUCUUUAAGAUAGAUGGGUAUUUUUUUCAGUGAAAGCAAGGCUAAUAAGCAAGCUUUCAGAUGAUACCAAUAACUCCAUGUACCCGAAAAUUGACGAGAGCCUGAUUCCCCCGCGUCGUGACACGUAUGUAAAGUGCAGAUUACUGUAUUCUAGAAGGUUCAGACUCCCAUGCAUAUGCUCAAAAUCAAGUUUUGUUUUUAAUAGCAACAUUGAAAAAUAUUUUUGAGCAUCUGGAGCUUUUCAAAUGAUAUGUGUUUUUUUGGUUUAAGUCAUGGAAAUUCAGGGCAGUUUCACUUCUUUGCUUCUAAAAGCAUAAUGAUAUUGUUGUCUUCUAUAACUAGUAAAAGCACUCUGAUUUUUGUGUGUAUAAAAGUAUAACUCUCAGUUCAAGCAAUGUCUUAACUACAACAAGAUUACAGCGCUAGAUUCUAUGAAAAAGUGGUAAUUUUGAAUUGGUAUGAUGCAGGCCAAAGCUUGGAUGUAGGCAAUUGCAGCCAUUCUUUGAUAGUCUCUAUUUGUUAUUUACUAUAGAACAUGGACAGCGCUAUAAGAGAGGAGUUUCUCAUGAGGCUACAUUGACUGCACAUUCUAAAAGUAAUGUGAUGGUUGUGAAUUGUUUGACUUUCUAUCCCUUCUCUUACUAUAAUGUCUGUAUUUGAUGGGUGACAGUACACUUUGUACAUAAAGAUAAUCCAUCAGUGCUUUUAGUUACUUUGUGGUUAAAAGGAAACUCAUUACUUGCUUUUAUAUUCCAGUUCUAAAAUAUAUAAUUCAUUGUUAUACAUGUAUGUUCUGCUCAUUAGCUGGGAUAGUAAUGGCUGUCUAUUCAAGCUGCAUAAAACUGAGUGCCUCUUUACAGGUAGCUGCUACAUAAUGUUUUAUCAUGAAACUGAUGAAUGAAAAGGUAAAUGUCAAGUACUUGUAUACUCUUUUUGUCAUGAAGCGAAAUAUUUUGGUUCAGGUAAAUUUUCAUUGCAUAUUUUUGAGGUAGGACUUUUCAGUUUACCAAUGUUUCAUGUAAAAUACUCUUUUGCUCAUUUUUUAUUAGUAAUGAGAUCUAAGUCAAUUGUCUAGGAAGUACAUUUAAAGUUUUUUUAAUCACUUAUAGUGAAUUGAUGUGAAAGUUUUGUCUUCUUAGUUUUAAGAUUUCAGUGUCGUGAGAAAACUUUCUUCUGUUUUUGUACCGUGCUUUUUAACUGGAUUUACGCAUAAAUAUUUUCUACAUUAUUUGGAACAAUUUCAGUCUUCUCUUUCUACCCAUGACUGAUGUGUUAUUUUAUUUGGGUUUUUA